CGUCUUAAAGGAUUUUUGACCCAUAUUGACUCCUUUAUUUGAGUUAUCACCCGCUCUCUAACAUGCAAUUUGGUUUGAAAUUGUUGUUAAUCAUUCAAAGUGGAAUGUGGAACUUGGUGGUCACUAAGAGGACCUUGGAUUGCCAUGAUCUCAAAGGGGAAGGUGCUUUGUUGGAAGCUGUCAUGGGUGAAGACAUCACCAUUGACUGCCAUCUGCCCGAAUCCAUCAAACAAUGCGUGUGGACCCCUCAAAAUUCAAGUUACCCCGAAUGCACUGCACCCAUGAACGAAGAAAGCUCCAUUAUUUUUGCCCAAACCAGACCCAACUACAUCUGUAGUUUCCGACCAAGUCAUUGCUCGUUAAGUUUCACCACCAUCCAAAGAGAAAAUAUGGGCGUCUGGACUUUGGGCACCGUCAGUUCCACCAAUGCGUUUUACCAAUAUUUCGCCAUUCUUGUUCGUAAUACAGGGGUUGUUCCGCGUAGCCGCGUUCAAUCUAAGAUGGACGAUUCUUGUUUCUUGACGGAUACGAUCUUUCAGACGGAUGCGUCAGUCUUUCAACACUUGGAUGAAGUGGAAAGUCCUCAGGAAUGUCAAGUGAAGUGUCAGGAAAUUGGGAAAUGCACUUACUGGACAUGGGCGGACUCGGAUAUGAAGUCCCUGUCCAAGCGCUGUUUCUUACGAGGUGGAGACGAUGAUGGUUUGGGAAAAGAGAGACAACAUUUUGUGUCAGGGCCGAAAUAUUGCUCAGAUUCGGAAUUGAUUUUAAGGAGACUCUCCAAAACCUUGCGCCCCCCAAAGGAAGGGGUAAAUGAGGCCAAGUUUAGCGUAACGACGUUGAUGAUAAGUGUCGUGGUUGCGAUUGUUUUAAUGGCGGGUGUCAUGGCCUCAUUGGUGCGACGAUAUUCUCAGCGAACUGAACGGGAUUACAACUCUUUGGAUUUGGCAGUGGAUGUAGGGCAUCCCAUCCCUGUGACAAAGCUAAUCAGUCUUGUUCAGAGAAAAGUUGUGCCUUUACCGAACGAGUUCAAGAGGCUCACUGACACGGACAGAGCCAAGAACAUCAUCGCUAAAUCAAGAGAGAUUGGAAAGUCCAAGCUGAAUAUUUCAUUGAAUAGAGUCCGCCAUAUUUUGCCAUAUGAUGAGUGCCGAUUGAUUCUGAAUACCAAGAUUGAAGAUUCCGACUAUAUUAAUGCCUCUAUAAUGCUUGGAACCCCAGACAUUGGUAACUUGAUUGCUUGCCAAAUCCCAAGCGAUGAGGUCGAGGAUCAUUAUUGGCAAAUGAUCGCGGAGAAUCCAAUCUGUGUGGUGGUUAAUUUAGACGAAAGCAGUCUUUGGACGACAAAUGCAAAUAACAUGAAUGUUCAAUUACGGAGUGGAACCACCAUCAUUCUCAAAGAGCACUCGACACAAACGAACAAGAGCAAGUCAAUGACCAAAACCAGCUAUCGAUUCAAUUCAAGACAAGUGGAACACUUUAGCUUCAACGCGUGGAACAAGCAUCAAAUUCCCAAGGACCUGUCUACUUUUUGCAGUUUAAUCGAAAGUGUCAUCCACUUAUCAAAAACGGAACUCAACCACACAAAGGGUUCAAUUUUGGUCCAAUGCAAUGAUGGAAGUACCAAAAGUGGCUUUUUCAUAGCCUGUCUCGUCCUGGCCCAUGAGCUGGGCAUAAAAAGUGAAAUGAGCGUCUACAAGACCGUGUUUGCCCUCCGAGAAUGUCGUAGUCAUGUGGUACCCACGGAGUUUCAAUAUCGGGCCGUUUACGAAGUGGUUUCCAUGUUGGCUAAAAUCCACAAAAGAAGGAGCUCGAAACGAAAAUCAUCCGUUAGGGCUGCACCCUCAUCAUCAAUCAUCACAACAGUUUAGGAUCAAUCUCAAUCUUAAUGAUGCCAUGAAAAGAAUGAAUUUUCUUAUGAACACGAAAAAUGUCGAUGACA